GGCAAGCAAUGCAAAUAUGACAUAUGGGCUAAUAGAGGUUAUUAUUGGCUUUUCAAGGGUUUAAAGAAGAAAAAUCAUCAAAGGCCCCUUCUUUUUGUUGAAAUGUAUUUGCCCUAAUAGAGAGUACUAGUAGGUGGGUAUGAGAUUCUGAUUUGAUUCAUAGAAAAUAAAAAAGGAUAUAAGGUUUGGUAAAGGGAGGAAAAACGUUCCAAUUUGACCCCUUUUAAGAAUUUUGAUCAAGGUUCAUUUGUCCUCUUUGAGUUUGUGGAUUCCAUUCUGUUUUACCGCUUUUUUAUUUUUUAUAAUAACUUUUUAUUAUUAUUACUUUCCUUUUUCUUAAAGUAUAAUUUCUUCCUUUGUUUUGUUUCAUAAAAACCUCAGCAUAAAGAACAAACAAACAAUUUCUUUCAUUCUCCUCUUCUAUUCCUCUUUUUUCCAAUUGAUAUUGAAUUGCUGAGUACUAGUAGUACAAGUCAAGUCCAUUUCACCUCUUCAAGACUAUCAUAAUUCUGAGUACUAUCCACCCCCACAUAAUAUUUCCAGUGUCUCCAGUUCUAACUGAAAGUUUUACUAUCCUUGUGAUAUUCAUGGAUCUGACUUUUCACUAACCUAGUUUGAGAUUCCUAGAGAAGAAAGAAUCAUAUAUAACUUACAGAGAAAAAAUGUCAUCAUCUGAAAAACAACCUAGCUCCAAAGGACAGGCAUGGUUCUGCACAACUGGAUUACCAAGUGACAUUGUGGUUGAAGUGGAUGACAUGACCUUUCAUCUCCACAAGUUUCCUCUGAUGUCAAAGAGUAGAAAGCUUCAUGACCUGAUAACCCAGCAAGAAGCGGAAGCAAUAACGCAUUCUACCGUCCCACAGGAAGAAGAAGAUGAUGAAAUCGUGGAGGAACAGUGUCAUGUGACGUUUACUGAUUUCCCUGGCGGCUCUGAGGCGUUUGAGAUGGCGGCUAAAUUCUGUUACGGUGUUAAAAUGGAACUGUCACCGUCCAAUGUAGCUUCGCUCCGUUGCGCCGGUGAGUUUCUUGAUAUGACAGAAGAUUACUCCGAGGAUAAUCUCAUCUCCAAAACAGAGAAGUUCAUCUCACAGAACGUGCUCAAGAGCCUCGGCAACUCAAUCAAAACCCUAAAAUCCUGCGAGCGGGUGUUUCCAAUGGCGGACGAUUUGGGAAUCACGGAGAGGUGCAUCGAUUCGGUUAUCACCAGAGCUUCGACGGCGGAUCCUGCGUUAUUUGGUUGGCCGGUAAGUGAAGCCAUUGCGUCUGCGUCUAAACAGAUUCUUUGGAAUGGAAUUGAUGCUGCCGGAAGAAGAAACGGUGGUGCCGGAGAGUCUUGGUUUGAAGAUCUGGCGCUUCUGCGUUUGCCUCUGUUCAAGCGAUUGAUUCUCGCGAUGAGAGAUGCAGAGCUUAACCCUGAGAUUAUUGAAACCUGCGUAAUGUAUUACGCUAAGAAGUACAUUCCUGGUGUUUCAAGAUCGAGUCGGAAGCCGUUAUCGUCGUCCUCGUCGGUUUUAUCAGAGACGGAGCAGAAAGAGAUUCUGGAAACAGUUGUUUCGAAUCUUCCUCAUGAGAAGAAUUUGAAUUCGUCCACGGCGACGAGGUUUCUAUUCGGAUUGCUGCGAACCGCGAACAUACUGAACGCUUCUGAAGCAUGUAGAAACUCUUUAGAGAAGAAGAUAGGGUUACAGCUUGAAGAAGCCACACUCGAUGAUCUUCUCGUACCGAGUUAUUCGUAUCUGAACGAAACGCUUUACGAUGUUGAUUGCGUAGAGAGGAUUUUAUCUCAUUUUCUGAAUGGCUUCGAAGCGAGAAACGCCGCCGUUGAAACAGUCGCAGAGGUAAUCGAAGGCGGCGAAUCCGCUGCGAGGACUCCGGCGAUGAUGCUCGUCGGAAAACUCAUAGACGGAUAUCUCUCUGAAAUUGCUUCAGACGCGAAUCUCAAGCCAGAGAGAUUCUACAAAUUCGCAAUAUCUCUUCCAGAUCAAGCAAGACUCUUCGACGACGGUCUCUACCGUGCCGUUGAUGUGUAUCUCAAGGCACAUCCAUGGGUUUCGGAAUCGGAUAGGGAGAAGAUUUGCGGAUUACUAGACUGCCAGAAGCUAACGCUAGAAGCAUGCACACACGCUGCGCAAAACGAGAGACUUCCACUACGCGCGGUGGUUCAAGUACUUUUCUUCGAGCAGUUACAGCUUCGUCACGCCAUCGCCGAGACGCUGAUAGCGGCGGAGACAGGUACGGAUAUAGGGCGUCAAUCGGCAGCACUGGAACGCGAAGAGGAAGACGGAGGAGGAGAACCAUUACGGUUAACGUUAGAAUCAGAGCACGUGCAGGAAGAGAACAGCACGUGGCGUGUAACGGUGAGGGAGAAUCAGGUAUUGCGCUUGGAUAUGGAUAGCAUGAGGACGCGAGUGCAUCAGCUGGAACGUGAGUGUUCCUCGAUGAAAAAAGUGAUUGAGAAGAUUGAAAAGCCCGCCACACACGGCGGUGGCUGGAGGGCGUCGCUGGGGAAGAAACUCGGUUGCAAGUUUAAAACUCAGGUUUGUGACUCGCAUCAAUCGGCGGUUGUUGAUACGCGCAAGGGACGACAACGCAACUCGCAGCAGCAACAACAGCAUUCUCAUCAUGAAUAAGCACCACGCUCAAUUUCUCGCGUGAGGAUCAUUGUAGUUGGUAGAGUAAAGCUGAUACGGGUCCCACUUGUAAUUGUUCAUUUUACCCUUUCUUUUUAAUCUUCUACAUAAAAUUUUAAUUUAUCACCAUCAUAAUUUUACUUUAUUAUAGUUAAUCAUCAUAGUUAAGUUGUUAAAUCUGAAAGUAAAAACACGAUUAUAAUUUGUGAGGGAGUGUUUGACUCCUGUGCGGCAAUUAUUGGGACGACUAGGUUUGAAAUGUCGGGGUGACCCAGCUUUUAAAGUGAUGGUGAUGUGGUGAGAAGCACAAGACAUGAAAUUAUAGAAAAUGAAUUAUAGUGGGUGGCAUGGUGGAGACAGAUAAUUGGUGAUGGAAGUUUUAGAUGCUUUUUGUUCGAGGUUUAUGUGAUUUUUGUUGUUUGGUACAUUGCUGAAUCACACUCAUUCUUGCUUCUAGUAAAAGAUGGGGAUACAUCAAAGUGCUUUUUCUAAACUGAAAGCACACAUGGUGAUUAAUCAUGAACCGCAGAAACAGCAAGAAAGGUUUCUUCUACUACGCUUUAUGAGUUUGAUGCCGGAAGAAUUGUUGCAUUGCUUCCAUAUCUUAGCAACAUUAGCCUUUCUGUGAUUAGGUUUUAGGGAGCAGGGGGAAAAUGUCAUGAUUCAAAUAAAUGGAAUAAAGGAUCACUUUCUUAU